CAGCGCGCCCUCUCUCUCCAUCGGCCGGCCUUCCACAUCUGCCCAAUGAAUCAGGAGCGGAUGCGGUGUAUCCUUUUUCAGAGCCGUGAAUGGCCAAUGGGAGUUGGCUUGUGGAGCAAACACAGAGCGCUUCGUUCCCAUUCAUUCAGUGCAGAACAGGCCCACAGAGCUGGAGGGAGCGCACGGCGGACGCAGCGUUUUGUUUUUCCUGCUCCUUCCUCCGCACCGCCGCGCAGAUUGAACUAGAACUAAAGGACAGAACGCAAUCGGUGCUCCCAGCAGGGUUGGAUAUAAGCUCUCAUUCCUCCUGGACGUGUUUUUUUUUUUCUCUCCGUCUCUGCAACUCUGCCAACUGGACUCCUUUAACUCGCAUUUACAGAUCGGCCUCCACAAGUGCGUAGCAGCUCCCUACGGGUGACUUGUGUCUUUUCUUCAUCAGAGCUCCGCCGUGGAUUUAUGCAUGCGCACCCAGCGCUGAACUUUUUCUCCACGCAGACACCGAAAACAAAAGGAAUAACGCAGUUAAAGGGAUACUUUCGAGCUUGGAUUAUCAAACUCAAUGUUAUGCGUUAGACCUCGCAGUCCGCGCUUGGACAUUGACCUUUUCCUGUUGAAUGGAGUUUUGCUAAAUUGUUUGGUUGAUGGAUUCCACGUUAUGGAUGCUUGCUUAUAGGUUUUCCAAUGCAUGUCCACGGUGAAUGUCGGAAGUGGUGAUCCCCCCAGAUGGAGCUCCAAAGUCAACAUGGCCCCGCCGGAUCAUUAGUGGUGAUCCAGCAGCCUUCCCUCGACACCCGGCAGAGGUCGGAUUACGAGCGGGAGCUCCAGCAUGCCGCCAUUCUCUCCCUGGAACAAAUCAAGGCCAUCCGCUCCAGCAAUGAGUACACAGAGGGGCCCUCGGUGGCUCGGAGGCCCCCAGCACCCCGUGUGGCCCCCAGGCCCCAGGAUAAGCAAGAAAGGACCCAUGAGGUCAUCCUCGUCAAUGUGAACAACAACUAUGAGCGCCAGCCGUCGGGUCACCACCAUCACGGUGGGGGUGGCGUGGUGGUGGUGGCCUCGGGGCCACAGUAUGGAGGCCCCCGGGCCCCGGGACUCAGUCGCUCCACCAGCACAGGAAGUGCUGCCAGCUCGGGGAGCAACAGCAGCGCCUCCUCUGAGCAGGGACUCCUCACACGCUCCCCCCCAAUGAGACCCGGUGUGGGCUUGCAGCACCACCACCGGGCAGAGCGGCCCAUUCGGACUCAGCCCAAACCCAAACCUCUGCUACAGCCGCAGCAAGGACCUCACCUCCACCAGCCGCCCCCGGAGGCUCCGCUCAAGCCCCCGACCAAAGGGAAAUCGGACUUUGGGGUCGCGGCCGCCGCUGCCGGCCACCAGUUUAUCUGCGAGCGCUGUGGGAAGUGCAAGUGCAGCGACUGCACGGCCCCCAGGAGCCUGCCCUCGUGUCUGGCCUGCAACGGCCAGUGCCUGUGCUCGGCGGAGAGUGCGCUGGAGCACGGCACGUGCAUGUGCCUGGUCAAAGGCAUCUUCUACCACUGCUCCAAUGAUGACGAGGGGGACUCAUGCGCUGACCACCCCUGCUCGCUGUCGCGCUCCCACUGCUGCUCCCGCUUCCUGUGCAUGGGAUUAAUGUCGGUACUCUUCCCCUGUCUGCUAUGCUACCCACCUGUCAAGGGCUGUCUGAAGGCGUGCCAGGGUUGCUAUGACCAGGUCAACAGGCCCGGCUGUCGCUGCAAGAACUCCAACACUGUGUAUUGUAAACUGGAGAGCUGGGCCCCACAGAGCCAGGAGAAACCUUCCUGAUCGCUUCCUGUGAGUGCGCGCAGGACGCUCCCGAUGUGGAUCAUAUGAUGACAGUAAAAACAAUGACAGUCACAGAUUAAUGUUUAUCAAGCACCUCCCACAUGACUCCUCUUCUGGCUGCAGAACACGAAGGAGCUACAAAGGAGUAACGAAAACCACUCAAUUAUUUUUCAUUUUUUUGCUUUUCUCUGGAUCAGGACCAUGUUUUUACAGACCAGUGUUUGCCUUAAUUCUUUCUCUGUCUGUCCCCCAGCUCCCUGAAUAACACUAUUUUUUUAUUCUAAUUAAAAAUGAAAAAAGUGCUUCUUCCGUUUGAGGCUGGCAGUUUCUUCUGGCCUGUGCCUGUUGGGGGCUGCCUCCCACCAAAUCUGUGAAGGACGAUCUGUUUUAGGGCGAUUAUGUAGCUGUUACCUGGUGUUCGUAGCAGACAGGUUUGUUGCUGCCACAGUAAAGCCGUGGCUCCUCUGCUUGUGUUGCAUUAACAAAAGCACAUCCAUCUCAUAGUAUUCUCCACUUGGAUAUGUUUCUCCUUCCACCCAUCUGGACUGUUCACACUCAUUCUGUGGCAUUUUCCCAUGUUUCUUUUUUAUUUGUGUAAAUUGUAUGCUCCGUAAGAGGAAUUUUGGCUAUUUUAAAAAAAAAGAAAGAAAAAAAAUGUCUGUCAAACAUUUUUUUUUUGUUGUAAAAAAAUAUUUAUUAUGUGAAGCUCUAUUAUUUUAUGAUAUUUAUUGCAAGAGACAGUCUUAAAUUUACUCAUGUCUGAAUAUAACAAAAUAUCAAAAAUACUUACUGAAAAUUAAAGGGUGGCACAAAAGAAAACUAUGUUAACUUUAAUGCAGAAAAUAUAUUAAUUAAUGAAAAAUAU